AUGCAUGCUCUGGGCCCCUACCACCAGCAGCCCCGCCUCCAUGGGAAGCCCCGCCUCCCGCGCCCUGCGACCCAGGUCCCACUUCCCCUCUAUUGGGCAGGGCGGAAAUGUAUCCUUCAUUCCCAGAUCCGCUCCUUGCCAGGCUGCAAGUGGCCUGAGGCAGUGGGGCCUGUUAUUGACAGGCUGCAAGCCUCAAGGACAGUAAUGUCAGGUCGGGCCAGGACCCGAGCCCGAGGCCGUGCGCGAGGUCGGGCGCCCUCUCAACCAGCCCCGCCCCCGGGAGCCGCCGCGCCUCCGCCGCCGGGAGCCGCCGCGCCUCCGCCGCCGGGAGCCGCCGCGCCUCCGCCGCCGGGAGCCGCCGCGCCUCCGCCGCCGGGAGCCGCCGCGCCUCCGCCGCCGGGAGCCGCCGCCCCUCCGCCGCCGGGAGCCGCCGCCCCUCCGCCGCCGGGAGCCGCCGCCCCUCCGCCGCCGGGAGCCGCCACAGCGACCCAGCAAACUGGUCAAAUUCAGCCUGGCCUCCAGCCACUGGAAAGUCCAGUGGUCAAGCCUGCACGACGAAGAAGACCAAGAAGAACACCUCAGCCUCCAAAGGAACUUCAGCUGGGGGCUGGAUUGCAGGCAUUGUCACUGAAGGGGAAAAGGGGUCUUGGAGCCAUUUUUCAAGACCAGGUGGUGAAUACCCGACAGUACUUGGAACAUGUGAAAGACUCCACAACAGGAACGCAAGGUAGAGUGGUAAAGCUAUUCACCAACCAUUUCCGAGUGACCUCUCGCCCUGAACUCCUCACGUAUAAGUAUAACAUUGAUUACAUGCCAGAGAUUGAAGAUGGAAAAGUUCGUACAGAUUUGCUUUGCCAGCAUAAACAUGUAAUUGGAGAGUGUCACAUAUUUGAUGGGAACUCUUUAUUACUGCCUCAUAAACUACAAAAGCAGAAAACAGAACUGGUCAGCCGAUGGGGCAAAAAGAUUGUGAAGGUCACCAUUGAAUUCUGCAGUGAACUCAAACCCACCUCACUGGACUGCUUACGUUAUUACAACAUUCUCUUUAGAAAGAUUUUGAAGAUGAUGGAUUUGAAGCAAGUUGGUCGCAACUAUUACAACGAGAAUGAGGCCACGGAGUUCCUCAAUCAUAAGCUGGUAAUCUGGCCUGGAUAUAGUACUUCUAUUCUUGAGUAUGAAACCAGCAUUACCCUCUGUGCUGAUGUGAACCAUAAACUGCUCCGAAUGCAAACUGCUUAUGAUCUAAUAAUGCAUGUUGAUAACAAAUCCCAAAGGAAAGAUGCUAAGGAAAUCUCUAAAGAAUUAGUUGGAUCAAUUGUUUUUACAAAGUAUAACAAUAGAACCUAUCGGGUGGAUGCUAUUAAUUGGGAGGAGACUCCCAGAAGUACGUUUAAGAAAUCAGGUGGUGAGGAAAUCACCUUUGUAGACUACUACAAGGAGCAACAUGGUCUAGUGGUUACUGACCUAACUCAGCCACUUUUGGUCAGCAAAGGCAAAUGGAAAAAGAGCCAACAGGACACGCCCCAUGAGCCUAUAAUGCUGGUUCCUGAGCUAUGCUACCUGACAGGUCUAACAGAUGAAAUGCGUAAAGACUACAGAGUGAUGAGAGACUUGGCUAUGCAUACAAGGUUGGAUCCAGAAAAAAGGCAGCAUGAAUUACGAAGAUUCAUGAAUAUUGUACAAAAAAAUAAGAGUGCACAAAGGGAACUCCAACUUUGGGAUUUGAAAUUUGACCCCAACUUCGUGUCCUUCUCAGGAAGAAUUAUGAAAGAAGUAAGAAUUCUUCAAGGAAGCAGAGCGUUCAACUCCCAUCCACAAUUUGCAGAUUGGUCAAAAGAAACUAGAAGUGGACCUUUACUCAAUGUGAAGUCACUAGAUCAUUGGCUAGUGCUAUAUCCUAGGAGAAAUUAUGGAGCAGCCUUGUCCUUGCUACAGAGCCUACGGAAAGUUACACCCACCAUGGGCAUAGCUAUGAGAGAUGCAAAAAUGCUUGAAGUAAAUGAUACAGUCCAAUCCUAUACAACCACCUUAGAAAACCAUGGGUCAUCCAAAACACAGAUGCUGGAGUCAGGUCACGUGCUCUUGCAGGAUUACCACAGAAGCCACACCAUCUUGUUUUCAACUCAUCAUGUUUGGGAGCAUGUGGUGUUGACUUGUAAUUUUAAUUUGGAUCAUCUGAUUGAAGAUGAGGUCCUUUGUGUGCUGUCCAGUGACAGGAAAGACCUGUAUGAUGGCAUUAAAAAAUACCUGUGCGUCAAUUGCCCCAUCCCAAGCCAGUGUGUGGUGGCACGGACCUUAGACAAACCCCAGACGCUGAUGACCAUUGCUACAAAGAUUGCCCAGCAGAUGAACUGCAAGAUGGGAGGAGCCCUCUGGAAGGUGGAAACAGGAUUACGGAAUGCAAUGUUCGUCGGUAUUGACUGUUUCCACGAUAUUGUAAAUCGACGGAAGUCCAUUGCAGGCUUCGUGUCCAGCGUCAAUCAGGAAUUAACACAGUGGUUCUCUCAGUGUGUCUUCCAAGAAGCGGGGCAGGAGCUUGUGAGUGGGCUGAAAGCCUGCUUGGAAGCUGCCCUGAAGCUCUGGUAUAAACAUAAUCUAUUUCUGCCACAAUCCGUCAUUGUGUAUCGGGAUGGAGUGGGGGACGGUCAGCUUCAAGCACUGAUUGAACACGAAGUACCACAGAUUCGGUCCUCCUUAAAAUCUGUUUACGGCGACGAGUCUAAGGUCCGACUAACUGUCGUUGUGGUGAAGAAACGAAUAAAUACCAGAUUUUUUGCUGAGUAUCAAGGAAGACUUCAAAAUCCACUUCCAGGAACGGUUAUUGAUGUGGAGGUGACCAAGAGGCAAUGGUAUGACUUUUUUAUCGUGAGCCAGUCUGUGAAAGAUGGUACUGUCACUCCCACUCACUAUAAUGUUAUCCAUGACACUGUUCACUUCACCCCAGAUGGAAUACAGUGUCUAACUUACAGACUAUGCCACAUGUAUUAUAAUUUGUCAGGUGUCAUUCGAGUCCCUGCUCCUUGUCACUAUGCCCAUAAACUGGCUUAUCUUGUGGGCCAGAGUAUCCACCAAGAACCACACUAUUCCCUGGCAAGCCGUCUCUUUUACCUGUGACCCACAGAAGAGAGCCUGACGACUUGUUGAAAGCCACCAUUUGUGAACUUAUUUUUCCUUUUUAAGCUGUCCUUCUGCGAUACUUUCCUUGAUGCAGUUUUAAAUUAUAAUCAUUAUUGGUUAGACAUGAGGGUUCAGAGUGGCGCAUGCUUUGGGCAAUACUACCACUGACUGAACAUGACCCUUCUAUUUUCCAGGCAGGAAAAUGGGCUGUGAGGGUUUUGUCUUGCAAUCCACCUUUGAAAUGUGUUACAGUGACUUUAUGAUUGACCAUGCCUGAACACUUGGUGUUCUGAGCAAGUUACUGUACUCAGUGUAGUGGCUGGACGUUAGUCACGUGCACAGGUAGAUUAUACUUGGAAAAUAAUACCUUUUUGAAACACUUAGUUCUUAAAGAACAGCAAAGCUCUAAAAAAAAAAAAAAGAGGCAAAAUUAAAUGGGGAUUUAUUUGUGUUAAUUAAAAUUUUGUAUGAAAGAAAUAACAUGUAUGUAGUAUCGAUUACUCUUUGGACUGGGGUGGAAAUUUGAAAUGUAUCUCUGGUAGAGAUGUAAUGAGGAGAGCCUUUUGCUUUAAGAGUUGACAGCUUAGGAACAUCAAAAUGUUUUGUCACUUUUUCCACAAGGAAGCAAAAUGAAGAGCUCUAUUAGCACUUCUGACUAAUUCAUUCUCUUGUGUAUGUUCCAAGUGGGACGUUAUUGUUAACUGGACUGUAAUCAAAAGGGUCCUGGGUAAUUUGUUAAAAUGAAGCUAUUGUGUCUUUCUUGAAAACAGAUAACUUUUUUUCUCUCUCUUCCCUUAAAACUAUCUUUAAAUAGAUUCAGGAAAUAUGUGAAACUUUGUUGUUUUGUUUUAAUAUUCCUACAUAGAAUCAUAUUUUUGGGGAGCAGUAAGGAGUUGAUUUGUUUCAGACAUAACAAAAAAGGAUAUGUUUAAAAACAAUAGAAUUUCUUUGAUCCUAAGUUAAUCAGUUUAGGUUUGCAAUUUGAACCAGUUUUCUAAGAAAUAAAAUUAAAACAAAAGUCAUUUUAAAAUAUAUUGUAAUCCAAGUAAUAGCUUACCUAGCAGGAUUGGCAAUAAUGAUAAAUAGAAUAUAGAGGAUGGGUCUAUAAUUAAAGAUAAAUUAAAGUAACAUGUUUUUUUCUGAUGCUAGAUUUUGACUUAAGAUAAUACAUUUCUAGAGAUCUAUAUAAAAUGGAAGGAACAAAUUCAAAGUAGUUAUUAAAACUUUCUGAACAUUUCCCAUAAGUAUAAGACAAAUCAUUUAUUUAUAACAGUGUAUACAAAUUUCAAGAUUUAUAAAUUUAAAAUGAUGUAAUAAAGGUGUUCAUGUUACAAACAUUGAAAUUGGGUUUUGUUAUUUUAUUAUAUUUUUAAUGUAACUUAUUGUCAAAUUGGUUUCCAUACAACACCUAGUGCUCAUCCCAACAAGUGCCCUCCUCAA